AUGUACAACCUCUUCUUCUUCGUUUUUAGUUUAGUUGCUUUUAAUAGCAAAGGUCCAUUAAUAUACGGAUUAUUGUUAUUAGAUAUAAUUAAAAGAAGUUCAAGUUUAUAAAAUAUAAUUAAAUCAAUUACUAGAAAUUUAAAGAACUUGUUCCUUUUUUCAUAUUUAGGAUGUAUUAUUAUGUAUAUUUAUGGAAUAUGGGCAUACAGUUCUUUCAAAGAUUAUUAUGAUGAAACUCAUCAUGCUUAUAGCGAUUCUUUUAUUUUAACUGUUACUUCUACAAUUAAAGAAUCUCUAAGAAAUGGUGGAGGUGUAUCAGAAGCUUUAAAACCUAUGGCAUAUUCAUAAGAAGUUUAAGGCUAUUGGGAAUUAAUAAAAAUACUAUAAAUGGAAUUUUGGAAGAAGGUUGGGAAUACCAUAUUUAUCUUCAACACAAUUUAUACCAUUUAAUAUUUUAUAUGA